CCCAAGAUGGCGGCGCCCAAGCAGGCGUCACGUGACUCCCGGGCCAAGAUGGCGGCGCCCAGCAGUUGCGGCCCGGCGCUGUCCCUGCGCGUGGUGGCCGAGUGCGGGCUGAGCAAGGCCCGGGCCUGCGAGCUGCGGCUGCCGCACGGCCCCGUGCUCAGCCCGGUCUUCAUGCCCGUGGGCACGCAGGGCACCAUGAAGGGGAUCACGGCCCGGCAGCUGGAGGGGCUGGGCUGCCGCAUCUGCCUGGGCAACACCUACCACCUGGGCAUGAGGCCAGGGCCUGAGCUCAUCAAACAAGCCAACGGCCUUCACGGGUUCAUGAACUGGCAACAGAACCUUCUCACGGACAGCGGCGGGUUCCAGAUGGUCUCCCUGGUGGAGCUGUCCGAGGUGACGGAGGAGGGCGUCCGCUUCCGGUCUCCGUACGAUGGGGAAGAGAUUCUGCUGACGCCGGAGAAAUCCAUCGAAAUCCAGAACGCGCUGGGCUCAGACAUCAUGAUGCAGCUGGAUGACGUGGUGAGCAGCACUGUCACGGGGCCCCGGGUGGAGGAAGCCAUGUACAGGUCGAUUCGCUGGCUGGACCGCUGCAUCGCCGCCAACAGCAAACCCGACAAGCAGAACCUCUUCGCCAUCAUCCAGGGCGGGCUGGACCCUGCCCUCCGCACCAAGUGUCUGGAAGAGAUGACGCAGCGGGACGUGCCCGGCUUCGCCAUCGGGGGGCUGAGCGGCGGCGAGGCAAAGGACCACUUCUGGAAGAUGGUGACCCUCAGCACCGACCGCCUCCCCAGGGGGAAGCCCCGCUACCUCAUGGGGGUCGGCUACGCCACGGACCUGGUGGUCUGCGUCGCCCUGGGCUGCGACAUGUUCGACUGCGUCUUCCCCACCCGGACGGCGCGCUUCGGCUCGGCCCUGGUGCCCUGGGGCUCCCUGCCGGUGAAGAACAAGCAGUUCGCCAAGGACUUCCGGCCCAUCGAUGAGAACUGCGGCUGCCCCACCUGCCGCAGGUACAGCCGGGCCUUCCUGCACGCCCUGUUCCGCAGCGAGACGGCAGCCCUGCACCUCCUCACCGUGCACAACAUCGCCUACCAGCUGAAUCUGAUGCAGUCGAUCCGGGAGAGCAUCGUGGAGCAGAGGUUCCCGCAGUUCGUCCAGGACUUCAUGAGAACCAUGUACGGCAGCCAGGAGCGGUACCCCCCGUGGGCCGUGGAGGCCCUGGCCUCGGUCAAUAUCACUCUGGAGUGACGGCAGGUGGGGGGGAAGUUGUUUUACAAAGAAGAUGAGCUUGGAGGGGCACAAAGACUCUUUGGCCUGGAUUAUCCCAGCUGCCCCGCACGUGUCCCCCCCGGCAGAUCCCCCUCAGCCCCCUGUGGUUGGAGGGGUCAGACGUGCAGCCCAGCUGGCUGGAAGGAUCAGGACCAAAGCCGGCCCCAUCUUCGGAGGCCCGUGUCCAGCGAUGGCUGCUCUUCCCAGCAUCUCCUGCAUGGGACAAGGGGGGUCGGCGAGUCUGCAGCACAGAGCUCCUCUGUGCAAAGGGUUCUGGGUAACACGGGAGCCCCAGUUCAGGAUCGUGGCAGGAGCAAGGGCGGUGCCUGGAUUGUGGGGUCCAAAGAGUUAAAACCCAGCAGCCUCCAAGCUCAUUAAGAAAGAGGCGUGGGAAUAAUUUUAAACUUUGUUUUUGUUUUACUGUUUUUCCCCAUCACCCCCCCUUUUGUACGCGGUUUGUAAUUAACGGUUGGGUUUUUAAUGAGGCCGAGCCAGGCCCCCCGCUCCGCUCCCCACUGGGCCAGGCAUUGCCCCCCAGCCCCCAAUAAAAGCGGUGAAGCUGCCA